GGAAGGAGCGAUCUUGGCAGCCAAGGCUUUCUCGAGGAACUUCCACGUGAUGGGCACGUUGUUGUCCCAGCAGAUGUGGGAGACAAGGAGGUAAGCAAGGUCCGUGGAAGGCAAGGAGACCCCGGCGGAGUUGAGACUAGAACUGAGUUGAAUCGCCCAUAGGAGAGGAUCACUGUUCUUGUCCUGCGCCCACUUCGUCUGUUCCAACACCGACUCCCACACCUGACUCGCCUGUAAGGUCGCCGCCAUGCUGCGGCUGUCGGCGCCCUCCCGGAGUUGUACCAGACUAUAGUCAGCUCACGUUGGAGCCGGGAGAGCUUUCAGCUGCAGCGAAGAGAGAGCAUGAGGGAAUGCAAGGGAGAAAGAACCAUUGCCUCUUUUCUUUUGCUUUUUGGGAAGAACUGUACUCGCUUUGACCAAAAAGUCAAUUCUGGAGGCUCUUAAGUCUUAACCUGAGAGAAAUCAAAAAAUGUAAUCAACCUAAAUUUUUAGG